AUGUGUGGCGGUGCUGUAAUAUCCGAUUUUGCCCCUAGCAUCACCAGGGCCAAGGGUAGGAAACUCACGGCGGAGGAACUCUGGUCAGAGCUCGAUGCUUCUGCCUGCGACGACUUCUGGGGUUUUGACUCCACCUUCAAGCUUCAACCCACCAACCAACAAGUGACGUUGAAAGAAGAAGCGGCGGGUAAGGAGAAGGAGCCGACGGCGACGGAGAAACGGAGGAAAAGGAAAACCGUUUACAGAGGAAUACGUAAACGUCCCUGGGGAAAAUGGGCAUCAGAGAUUCGAGACCCAGAAAAAGGCGCUAGAGUCUGGCUUGGGACGUUCAACACGGCGGAGGAAGCCGCCAUGGCUUAUGACGUCGCGGCAAAGCGCAUCCGCGGCGAUAAAGCCAAACUCAACUUCCCAGAUCUUCUUGAUAAUCCUCCUCCAGUGCUGCCACCAUCUCCAAGACUAGAAGAUCAGCCUCCGGUGAAGAAGCUCUGUGGUUUCUCCAAGAGCGAGUUGACUCAGUCUAGUUUCCCGGUUGAGUGCAUUGGGUUCGAGAAUGGAGAUGAGUUUCAGAACGUGAGUUAUGGAUAUGAACAGGACUACGAUCUCAAACAGCAGAUAUCGAGCUUGGAGUCUUUCCUUGAGCUGGACGGUGCCACGGUGGAGCAACCGAGUCAGCUCGACGAGGUUGAUAUAUGGAUGCUUGAUGAUGUCAUCGCGUCGUAUGAAUAAAAACAUAAAGUAAUGAGUGAAAAAAAUAAAAGUCUGAUACAUAACUGCCGUUACUUUUUAAGGUUUUACUGUUGCAUGGAACAAGUGGUUACAUGUGCUGUGGUUUGUAAUGUGUGUGGGGGCGUUGCUGUGACUCAAAUCGAGCGUUAUAUUAUAAGUUCCUGGUAUGGUUAUUUUAUUUUAUGGAAAACAAUUACUCGAUGUUGUGUAAAUACAUAUUUGUAAUAAAUAC